AUGGACAUUCGUAGUAGUUGUAUUCCGAUUGUGGCGCUUCUUUUGAUUUUGCUUAUUCCCUUCGGCAAUUCACAAUCGUCGAACAUCCUUUGCGCUGACAAAGAGAGAAGAGCCCUUCUAAGCUUCAGAAGUGGCCUCAUUGAUUCAUUGGGCAGGCUCUCAUCUUGGUCGUCGGCGGCAGAAGAAGAUUGUUGCCGAUGGACAGGUGUCCGCUGUGAUAAUGUUACUGGUCGAGUUGUUGGACUUCACCUUCGCAAUCCACUAUAUCUCAAUGAUGACAUCAAAUCAUUUUUAAAAUCCCAAUUACAAGGUAAGAUUAGUCCUUCUUUGCUUGAAUUAGAGUUUCUGAGUCACUUAGACUUGAGUUAUAACAACUUCAUAGAUUCAGAUGGCGGUAUUCCAAGUUUUUUGGGUUCCAUGAAAAGUCUAACAUAUCUUGACCUCUCUUCCUCUGGAUUUCAUGGGAUGGUUCCUCAUCAACUAGGAAAUCUUUCAAGGCUGACUUACCUUGGUUUAGGAUAUAAUUAUGGACUUUUUGUGGAUAAUCUUAGUUGGAUGUCUGGCCUCUAUUCUUUGAAGUAUCUUAACAUGGGUGUAGUCAAAUUCGGCAAAGAAAUCAAUUGGCUUCAAGCGAUGAGUACGCUCUCUUCUCUUUCAGAACUACACUUGUUCGGUUGUGGACUCGAAAGCAUGUACCCAUCCCUUGGUAAUGUCAAUUUCACAUCUCUUACUAGCCUUGAUCUUUCUGGUAAUCAUUUCAAACAUGAAGUACCAAACUGGCUGGGUAAUCUCAGUUCAAGCCUCCUAUCUCUUGAUCUAAGCGAUAAUUCCUUACAAGGUGAAAUACCAAUUAUCUUGUCAAAUCUCCGCAGCUUAAGUCUUCUAGAUUUAAGAAUCAAUGGCUUUACCGGAAAAAUCCCAGAGUGGCUGGGACAAUUUAAAUACCUGGAAUAUCUUGCCCUUGAUCUGAACUCUUUUUAUGGUCUUAUUCCUGCUUCUUUGGGAAACUUAUCGUCCUUGGUGGUUUUAUCUCUUUCUGUCAAUAAAUUAUUAAGUGGCAAUCUUCCAAAGAAUUUGGGGCUUCUCUCAAAUUUGGGGACGUUAUUCAUUGGAGAUACUUCCUUAACAGGUGUCGUUUCAGAAGAGCAUUUUGCUAAGCUCUCUAAAUUGAAGAACUUAGAUAUGUCUGAGAGCAAUUUUUCCUUCAAUGUAAGCUCCAACUGGAUUCCUCCGUUUCAGCUUAAAUUUAUUCAAAUGAGUUCCUGUAAGAUGGGUCCAAAAUUUCCUGCAUGGCUGCAAACACAAACAUUUGUGGAGCUCCUUAGCAUUUCUAAUACACAAAUUUCAGACAUAGCUCCAAACUGGUUUUGGAACAUGGUUUCACGUGUUGAAUGGUUCGACCUCUCUAACAACCAGAUUCGUGGUGAUAUAUCUGUCGUUUUACUAAAUUCUACCAUUAUCAAUAUAAGCUCCAAUCACUUCAAGGGUGAACUACCACGUUUGUCAGCAAACGUUGAAGUGUUGAAUAUUGAAAGUAAUAAUUUUUCUGGAUAUAUUUCCUCUUUCUUGUGUUGCAAGGAGAACAGAAGAAAUAACUUGGAGGUAUUGGCCGCAUCAAAUAACCUCUUAUCAGGUGAAAUUUCUUCUUGUUGGGGAUACUGGCAAUCUUUGACACAUUUAAACCUGGGAAGCAAUAACCUGUCAGGUGGAAUUCCUAACUCAAUGGGAUCUUUAUCUAAUCUCCACUCAUUGCGCUUGCAAAAAAAUAGUUUCUCUGGACACAUACCCUCCUCAUUGCUUAACUGCACAUCUUUGGGGCUCAUUGAUUUUGGUGAAAACGAGUUUACAGGAAUCAUACCAAGCUGGAUGGGUGAAAUGGCAAAUCUGUUGGUUCUCCGUUUGAGAUCUAAUAGAUUUAAUGGCAAUAUUCCUACACAAAUCUGUCUACUUGCUUCUAUCCUAAUAAUAGACCUUGCAAAUAAUAGUCUAUCAGGUUUGGUACCAAAAUGUUUGAAUAAUUUAAGCAGGAUGGCUAUGGUAGACAAUUGGGAUGAUGGUGUUUAUUUUGAUGCUUUGGAAUAUUCCUACGACUAUGGAUCGUACAUGGAAAAUGUUUUGUUGGUUACAAAAGGGAGGGAAUCGGGAUACAAUAGCAUUCUUAAAUUUUUGAGGAGCAUAGACCUUUCAAGCAACAACUUAUUUGGAUCCAUUCCUACGGAGAUAUUUGAUCUUUCUGGAUUACGUUUCUUAAAUAUGUCUCAUAAUUGCUUCGUUGGAGAGAUAUCAGAGAAUAUUGGUGGCAUGACAACAAUGGAAUGUCUAGAUCUCUCACACAACAAUCUUUCUGGCAAAAUUCCGCAAAGCAUGUCUAAGUUGACUUCUCUUGAUUGCUUAAACUUAUCAUACAAUCACUUGUCAGGAAGAAUACCUUCAAGCACCCAACUUCAGAGCCUUAACGAAACUAGCUUUAUUGGAAAUGCUGGACUUUGUGGAGCGCCUCUCUCUAUAAAUUGCUCGAAAGACGACAAAUCUCAAGGCUCAACACCUGUUCACAAAAAUUGGGUUGAGUCUGAGAUGUUUUGGUUCUAUAUUGGCAUGGGUAUGGGAUUUACCAUGGGAGUUUGGGGAGUUUGUGUUGUUCUUUUUUUCAAAAGGAGUUGGAGGCAUGCAUAUUUCAAAUUCCUUGAUGAACUGAAGGACCAGAUCUAUGUGGCAGCACUGCUAAAGGUCAUAAGAAAGGUUAUGGAAAGGAGAUAUACUUUCGAACUGUCUUGAAUUUGGUUGUGUGUUUUGUUGGUGAUAUAUACAUAUGUUUACAAAAAUUGUUGUCUGUUUUGGAGGUAGUAAUGAUGUUAUGGAGUGGCUUUUGGCAUAUAAUUCUUGUACUCUUGGGUAAGUCUUA